UGCUGUCCAGUGUGGGCAGUGCCAGGAAGAAACCAUCCAGCUCCACAACACGUUCCAGGUCCCCUGUAAAUGGUCCAUCAGCAUGACUGAUCCUGUUCAGGAGGUGGACAAACAUCUGCCAGGGAGCGAGCACCAGAAGCUGCUGGAGGAGAUGAAGUCUGUGCCCUGUGGCUUUGAGGUGCUGCCCUCAGCUGGAAGCCUCGCUCCAGGACAGCAGUGCCACGUCCAAGUCCGUUUUUCACCCACGGAAGAGAAGUGCUACCGGGGCGAGCUGCAGAUCCAGAUUUGCCAGAGCAGCCAACGCCUGCAGGUGCCGGUCUUGGGACGUGGUCUGGAGCCACGGCUUGUGCAGGGAGAUGGGGGCAGUGCGCAGGGCAAAGCCUGGUGGCCUUCCAGGCCCCUACAGACACCAAAAGAUGACAACAGCCCCAACAGCUUGUUGCUGCCUCCGUGUGCCCCUGGAGGGAAGCUGAAUGCUGAGGCCCAAGGAAGGGGCAUAAAAAUGAAGGUUGACGUUGUGGAUCCACCAGGAAAGGUGGUGAAGCUGGGAAACGUCUGCAUUGGACAGACGGUGAAGAAGAUGGUCACCGUAGCCAACAAGAGUGCAGCCCCUCUCACCUUUAAGCUGAGGGUCACGUCCACUGUGCCAGAGUUGCAGGAAGCUGGGGUUCUGUGCUUGAAGCCCAGCAAGGAUCUAAAGCUGAAGGGCAGAGGAGACACCUGCAAAGUGGAGGUGACCUUCUCCCCGAAGCGCCGCAUGCAGCCGUUCAGCGGGGAAGUGCUGCUGGAGUGCCGCGGGCUGGUGCGCUCCCUCUGUGUGGUGCGGGACUCCUGCCAGGGCAGCCUCGUGAGCCUGGACCAGGACCAGCUCAGCUUUGGAGCCGUGGUGCAGCAGAGCUACACGUGCCGGCGCGUCGUCAUGCGGAACGCGGGCGACACGAGAGUCAGGUUUAUGUGGGACGUGGAGAGCUUCAAGCCAGACUUUUCCAUCAGCCCCACAAAGGGUUACAUCAGCCCAGGGAUGGAUGUCCCCUUGGUUGUGACCUUCCGCCCCUCGAAGCUGAGCCAGGCUGUCCAGUACGAGGGGCUGCGGUGCUUCAUCCAGGGCAGUGAGGCGCUGCGGCUUACGCUGGCAGGAUCCUGCGUGGAGGCCCCUGGCCCCAAAGAGACGCUGACUUUCAGCUGCCAUGUGCGUGAGAGGCAGAGCCAGACCAUCCUCCUGUCCAACCCGAGCAGCGAGGCCUGGACCCUGCAGCCCAUCAUUGAGGGGAAAUACUGGAAAGGGCCUGAAUUUAUCCAUCUGGAGGCCAGGCAAAAAGAAAAGGUCUACCAGGUCACCUACAGACCCCUAACCAUGAGCUCUGAGAACAAGAAGCACCAGGGCUCCAUCUUCUUCCCCCUGCCGGACGGGACAGGCUUACGCUACCACCUGGAAGGAACUGCUGAAGCCCCCAGGUGUUCAGGGGCCAUUUCCCGGCAGGUUCCAUGCAGGAAGUGCCACACGGAGCUCAUCCCUGUGUCCAACUGGCUGCACAGACCACAGAGGUUCCUGGUGGUUAUUGACAUGCUCAAACCAGAGAACCUGGAAAGCAGUUCUGUGCUGCAGGGGUGUUCCUACAUGGACGUGCCAAGCUCUGCGAAGAAGGACUACCAGCUCACCUUCCUCUCCUACAAAGAAGGAGUCUUCAGGGCAAAGGUGACCUUCAUCAAUGAGACAACCGGAGAGUACUUGUUCCACAUGGUGACUUUCAAGGUGGUGGCUUCAGGACCCAUGGGCACUGUUCAAAUGAGCACCGCUGUUCGGCAGAGAGUGUCCUCCAGCGUCAAGGUGGACAACCCUCUGCCUGUCCCGGUGACGUUUGACAUCAACUGCAAAGUGCCCGACGUCAGCGUUCCCCAGCACUUUACUGUCCCUGCACAGUCGAAGGCGGAUCUUGUCUUGGAGUAUCAGCCCCUGCAAACGGGUGAGAGCAGCGGGCAGCUGGUGCUCCAGAGCAGCGACUUGGGCUCUCUGUUUUACACGCUGCAGCUGAAAGCCACCUGGAGCAGGCCAGAGAAGCCCGUGUAUUUCCGCACCAGGCUGGGCUCCCGUCAGACCAUCACCACCAAAAUACGGCAUUUUGCCCAGCAGAAGACCGAGUACCUCGUACAGACCGACUGUGCCGACUUCCAGACGGCAAAAUCCAUCAGUGCGGCACCCGCCAGUGCUGGGGGCUCGGACCUGAGCGUGGAAGUGACCUUUGAGCCCUGCCACCUGGGCGAAGCCAAGGCCACGCUGCAGCUCAGCUCUGCAUUGGGUGGGCAGUACUGCAUCCCACUCAUCGGCCUUGCGCUGCCCCCUGAAGCCCAGGGCCCCUUCCUCAUCCCAGCCGGCGGCACCACCUCCAUCUCCUUCAGGAACGUCUUCCGGAAGGCCACGGCGUUCCAAUACGCAGUGAAGCACCCGGGCUUCACCGUCAGGGCCCCCGAGGUGCUGCGCGCCAAGAGCAGCACCACCAUCACCGUCUCCUUCGCGGGCGGCCCGGCUCCUGUCACCAGCAGGCUGGUGGUCUCCUGCCCUGGGGGCUCCUGGAUCUACCACCUCCGGAGCCUGCCCUCCCCCCGCAAGUGA